AUGUAUACCACCCCGGCUGCUUCGAUAUGCCAAACCGAGAAAAAGAAGAAGAAGAGGAAAUGCAAAAAUCGGCUGAAGCGUCAGUCGGCACCUAACCUCGGUCCGUACAGCACAUGCGCAGUCGUCGGGAACGGCGGCAUCCUAUUGGACAGUCACUGCGGUGACGACAUCGACGCGAAGGAUUACGUCAUCCGCGCGAACCUUCCCGCCCUGGAGGGGUUUGAGACAGACGUCGGGCGGAGAACUAACAUGACAUUCGUCAACACGAACGUGGUCAAGAGACUGGAUAUCGCUUCUAACUUGCAAGACAGGACUCGCGACCCGUAUCCGACUCGCUUGCGACACUUUAACAACACCGUGAUUGUCGGGAACAGAGAGUCGAAACUUGUGUUACAAGCGGCUGCACGGACGAACGGACUUACGCUCUACUUUUGGACCUGCAAGCACGACCUUAGAAAAAACAAAAUCAUCAAUCCGAUCGCGUCCCGGGUGGCUGGUUGGCGGUUCCACAGUCGGCCCUCCUCCGGCCUGACGACCGUCCUCAUCACCAGUACCUUCUGCAGUCACCUGUCUCUGUACGGCUUCUACCCUUACAGCAGGGACGCCGACAACAAGCCCAUCCCGUACCACUACUUCCCCGACGAUGGUGUUGACGAGGCGAUCGUCAACAGGAAAAAGCACCACCUACCGACGGAGUACCGACUGUACAGGGAGCUCCACACACGUGGGGUUUUAACGUUACAGGAAGGAAAGUGCGAGAGGCAGGAAAAUAGUUCUUUAUCAAGUUAG